UAUGGGGUCAGGUCAGGGUGGACCUCGGAUCUAACUUCUUCAAAAAGGUAUGCAGUGGGUGUUUGGCCGGUUGCUAAGGAGAGGUUGGCGGCUACCGGGACCUGAGAGUGAUUGGUAAAAGUAAGAAAAGAUGUAGCCAAUGAAAGGAGUGCUGCAAGACUUAGGGGCCAAUCAGUAAAGGGGAGUAACCUGGGAUGUACCAACAUGUUAAUUAGGAAGGGGGAGUCUUUGAAGAAAAUAUAGACAAGAGGCUGACAAGCUGAACCUUGGAAGGGGAAGACGUUGGAAAUAUAGCUUCUAUUAGCUCCUAAGAGUUAGGCCAUGAGAAAAUUGGUUCAAUCUUCUAGCCUUGAUGGGGUUGUGAUAGGAAAUUUCCCCUGUAGGUGCUUUGCAUGGUGCGCUCCGCUUGAUCACGUGAGCCGUUUCCAAGAUGGCGGCAGGGGUGGCCGGGUGGGGGGUUGAGGCAGAGGAGUUCGAAGAUGCCCCUGAUGUGGAGCCGCUGGAGCCCACGCUUAGCAACAUUAUCGAGCAGCGCAGCCUUAAGUGGAUCUUCGUCGGGGGCAAGGGUGGUGUUGGAAAGACCACCUGCAGCUGCAGCUUAGCAGUCCAGCUAUCCAAGGGGCGGGAGAGUGUUCUGAUCAUCUCCACUGACCCAGCCCACAAUAUCUCCGAUGCAUUUGACCAGAAGUUCUCCAAGGUGCCUACCAAGGUCAAAGGCUAUGACAACCUCUUCGCCAUGGAGAUUGACCCCAGCCUGGGUGUGGCGGAGCUGCCGGACGAGUUCUUUGAGGAGGACAACAUGCUGAGCAUGGGCAAGAAGAUGAUGCAGGAAGCCAUGAGCGCCUUCCCAGGCAUCGAUGAGGCCAUGAGCUAUGCAGAGGUCAUGAGGCUGGUGAAGGGCAUGAACUUCUCGGUGGUGGUGUUCGACACAGCGCCCACAGGCCACACGCUAAGACUGCUCAACUUCCCCACCAUCGUCGAGCGGGGACUAGGCCGCCUCAUGCAGAUCAAGAACCAGAUCAGCCCCUUCAUCUCACAGAUGUGCAACAUGCUGGGCCUCGGGGACAUGAACGCAGACCAGCUGGCCUCCAAGCUGGAGGAGACGCUGCCUGUCAUCCGCUCCGUCAGUGAGCAGUUCAAGGACCCUGAGCAAACCACCUUCAUCUGUGUGUGCAUUGCUGAGUUCCUGUCCCUGUAUGAAACGGAGCGGCUGAUCCAGGAGCUGGCCAAGUGCAAGAUCGACACGCACAACAUCAUUGUCAACCAACUCGUCUUCCCUGAUCCCGAGAAGCCCUGCAAGAUGUGUGAGGCCCGCCACAAGAUCCAGGCCAAGUACCUGGACCAGCCCACCUUCUGUUCCUCGCCCCAACCCCCUGCCCUUCACCCACUGCUUCAGACCUUCUGAUUCUGGCCUUCAUAGACUGGCUGGCCUGGCCUAGAUACCUCUCACCCUGGGGAGUGGGAGGUCCAGCCCAGUGGUCUCUGACCUCACUGGCGCCACUCCCACCUAUGUCCCUGUGAAGCCCUUGCUCAUAUUCUCUCCCUGACUCUGGGAGACCCUUAGCCUGACCCUUUACGUUGAUCACAUUCUGUCCCUGCCCUGUGGCCCUGCUGCCUUCUGCCCUCUACCCCUGCCGCAGAUGGAGGACCUAUAUGAAGACUUCCACAUUGUGAAGCUGCCACUGCUGCCCCAUGAGGUUCGGGGGGCGGACAAGGUCAACACCUUCUCUGCUCUUCUCCUGGAGCCCUACAAGCCCCCCAGUGCCCAGUAGCACCACCACCAGCCCCAGCUGCUGCCAUUUCACACUCAGCCGCCACCCACCGGGGCAGAG